UGUACGGGCAGCUGUUGACAGCGGGUUGCCGUGGAUUGAGCAAAGGCAACGACGAAGGCGAGCAGCAAAAUACACACAGAUUCAUUGGAAACUGUUCCUGUACUUUUCAGCGAAACCCGCCUGUCGGAAUCGGAAUAAUCAAGAGCCAUGCUACGUUGGCCAGUCGCCCGCGUUCUGGCCGCCAGGGCCGCUGCUUGCCAGACCGGUCUCCGUGCGAGCAGCAGCGCACCGGCUAAGGUACCGGACAAGGUGGAGGUGUACAUCGACGACCAGCUGGUGCUGGUCGAACCGGGAACAACCGUAUUGCAGGCUGCGGCUCAAAUCGGCGUUGAAAUCCCUCGCUUCUGCUAUCACGAACGACUUGCCGUGGCCGGUAACUGUCGCAUGUGUCUGGUAGAGGUUGAGAAGUCACCGAAACCGGUGGCAGCUUGCGCAAUGCCGGUCAUGAAGGGAUGGCGCAUCAAAACCAACUCGGAGAUGACACGGAAGGCUCGCGAGGGCGUGAUGGAGUUCCUGCUGAUGAACCAUCCGCUCGAUUGCCCGAUCUGCGACCAGGGUGGCGAGUGUGAUCUGCAGGACCAGGCGAUGGCGUUCGGUUCCGAUCGGUCGCGCUUCACCGACAUCCAUCACACGGGCAAGCGCGCGGUCGAAGACAAAGAUAUUGGACCACUGAUCAAAACGAUUAUGACGCGAUGCAUUCACUGCACGCGCUGCAUCCGCUUUGCGUCGGAAGUCGCCGGUGUCGACGAUCUCGGCACGACUGGCCGCGGUAACGACAUGCAAAUCGGCACUUACGUGGAGAAGUUCUUCCUCUCCGAGCUGUCCGGUAACGUGAUCGAUCUGUGCCCGGUCGGUGCACUCACCAACAAACCGUACAGCUUCGUGGCCCGUCCGUGGGAGAUCCGCAAGGUCGAGUCGAUCGACGUGUUGGAUGCGCUCGGUAGCAAUAUUGUGGUGAGCACCCGUACUGGCGAGGUGCUGCGCAUAUUACCGCGCGAAAACGAUGCCAUCAACGAGGAAUGGUUGUCGGACAAGUCGCGCUUUGCGUGUGACGGCCUGAAGCGCCAGCGCUUGAUUGCGCCCAUGCUACGCAACCCCAGCGGCGAGCUGGAGGCGGUCGAAUGGGAAUCGGCGCUGAUUACCGUGGCACAGGCGAUGCGCGGAGCACCGAAGGGCAAGAUUGCGGCCGUCGCAGGAGGCCUUGCGGAUGCGGAGGCUUUGAUCGCUCUUAAGGAUCUGCUGAACCGGCUCGGUUCGGAAACGCUCUGCACCGAGCAGAAGUUCCCAUCCGGCGGACCCGGUACCGACUUCCGCUCGAGCUAUCUGCUAAAUUCGUCGAUUGCAGCCUGCGAAGAGGCCGAUCUGGUGCUGCUCGUCGGUACCAAUCCGCGUUACGAAGCUCCACUUCUGAACACCCGUCUGCGCAAGGGAUACAUCCACAACGAACAAAACAUUGGCCUGGUUGGACCGAAGGUGGACCUUUCCUAUGAAUACGAGCAUCUGGGAAGCGACACGUCCGUUAUUCGCGACAUUGCGAACGGACAUCAUCCGUUUGCGAAGAAGCUGCAGGAGGCCAAGAAGCCACUGAUCAUUGUUGGCGCCAACCAACUCGCUCGUAAGGACGGUCUCUCGUUCCUUACCGCAUUGCAAGUGUUCGCCAACAAGCUUACACCAGCCGACAAAAACUGGAAGGUGUGGAAUGUGCUGCAAACGAAUGCCGCCCAAACGGCAGCCCUGGACGUGGGCUACCAGGCCGGUGUAGAGACGGCCCUGGAAUCGAAACCGAAGGUGCUUUUCCUGCUCGGCGCCGAUGCUGGUGUGAUCAAGCGUGACCAGCUGCCGGCCGACUGUUUCGUGGUCUACCAGGGUCAUCACGGCGAUGCAGGAGCGAACCUUGCGCACGCCAUCCUGCCGGGUGCCGCGUACACCGAGAAGCAGGGAACGUACGUGAACACAGAGGGCCGCGCACAGCAGACGAUGGUCGCCGUUACCCCGCCCGGGUUGGCCCGCGAAGACUGGAAGAUUUUGCGCGCGCUGUCCGAAGUGACCGGCUCGCCGCUACCGUACGACAACCUGGACGAGCUUCGUUCCCGGCUGGAGGACGUCGCACCGCAUCUAGUGCGCUUCGGACGCCGCGAGGCAAACAACUUCUUCGCCAUCGCCGAGAAGCUGCUGGCGUCCGGUGCGAUCCAUUUCGAGGGAGGUCGCAUUGACGUGCCACAGCAACAGCUGGCCGACUUCUUUAUGACCGAUCCGAUCACGCGCGCCUCACCAACGAUGGCCAAGUGUGUGGUGGCGGCCAAGAAGCAGGCAGCUUCGCGCUCCGCGGCCACCAACUAAAUCCCGCUCUAUCCCGAAGAUAGCCCCGGGCGCGAUGUGGCGUUUAUCCCCUUCUUGUUAUGUUCGUUCUACCUUGAAUUUCUCACAUUAUCAAACCUUUCCAAUCCCCAAAACCAAGGGGCAGUUCGCAGGCAAAGGCUGAGACUGGCCAGCAGCAAAGAACAUUAAUUAAAUUCACAAUUUCUUCUUGAGCCCGCCUCGGAUUGGCCGGUAACCGAUAACAAACCGAUUGUUGCAAUCGCUGUAAAUUAGUCGUAACUGUGUUGCAGAUGAAUAAUAAACAAAAAAUUCAAUAAAAAAUAAUUAAA